GUUAUGAUCUGUUAGCUCUACUUGUUAAGGUCGUGACCGUGUCGUCUCUUGUCGGUAGUUUGCCAGCGCCAGCCAGCAUAGUGCUAUUACGUUGUUUCGCAAUCACAGUUCAGACACAUAUUAGUAUUACAAAGACUCGCCACUGCUGUUGCAUGUGGUUGUGCCUUAAAUAUCUUCGCCACGACGACAUAAAUACCACCUUAACCACCUGCACCAAACAAUAAUCACGAUUUCGAUGAGGUCGCGCCGUAGUUUGAAAUUCUCUCCAAAGACGAGCAUCAAUGCCGCACAUGCAGUCCUUUGUAGAAGCUCCCUGAAGAUUUUACGAUCCUGAAACUAAAGAUAAUGGCGUUUCGUCUCUCCGCGGAAUCUCGCUUGAUCCGCAAUGUGACGCACCUCUGUCAGCGGGAUGCAAUCGCGUUGGAUGAGAAACUCUUCGAGUGUUUCUCGGUGGACAGUCUGAUGGAGCUCGCCGGUCUCGCGUGCGCGCAAGCAAUUGUCAAGGAGUUCCCCGACCGCAAAACAAAAACCUACAUUUUUGCUGGGCCAGGGAACAACGGUGGAGACGGACUGGUGGCCGCACGCCACUUGCACCAUUUCGGGUACAAGGACCUGAAAGUGUGGUACCCGAAAAGACGAGCAGAUAGCGCGUUGUUCGAAAAUCUGGUCAAGCAGCUAGAACAGCUGGAGAUACCAGUGCUAGUAAAGGAAGAAGAUGUGUUAUUUUCAACACCACGGCAAAAUGACGACGCGCAUGCGGUUGAAGACGAGCCGGAUGUGUUCAUAGACGCGAUAUUUGGGUUUUCUUUUCGAGGGUGGCGCGGCGCCGGGAAAGACGCACCUUUCGACAGAAUGGUCCAGUAUCUAGCACAAACCAAAAAGCCGGUGGUGUCGCUUGACAUUCCCUCGGGAUGGGAAGUAGAUGGCAGAGAGGACGAAAUACGUCACGAAUUGAUGGGAGGAGAGCAGAUGACCUCCCAGUCACAGGAGACUAGUACGUCGGCUACAAGAAAUAUCGUCGGAACAAAAAUCAACCCACACAUGCUGAUCUCAUUAACGGCUCCAAAACUUGCCGCGUCUUCGUACACGGGAAUUCACUACGUAGGGGGGCGGUUUGUGCCGGAGAGCUUCGGGUUGACAUUGCCCACUUUUCACGACUGUGAUGCUAUCGCGAAACUAUGAUACCUGAAGUGAUAUGCGAGCCGUUCAGGUUGAAGAAAGUACCACGUUUGAUAUCUUCGACGUCGCGAUCAUGGACGAUAGAGACAAAUCUCAAAGGUCGGUAUGCGAGCCGAAGGUUGUUGAACCCCUCAUCUCGUAAAGACUCCACGUCUCUGUGGUGCACUGGUCAUUUGUCGUUUUGCAGUUUUACGAUUGGAAUGAAAUGAGUCAACAUUGUCUGCAAGAAGAGCAACUACAAGACGACGACCGCCACGAAGAAUAGCAUGAUCAAAAAUUGAACCAGAUGAG